AUGGCGCAUGGCAAGUCCAACAAAUUCGAUAAAACACGACGUAGUUGGUCAACGAGAGAAGAGGAGGUGCUACUUGCAGCAAUGAAAGAACUUGUGGUGCAAGGUUGGAAGUCGGAUAACGGAUUCAGGGCUGGGUAUCUCGGAAAGCUAGAAGAGUCGAUAAAGAAAGUGUUUCCAGGGACGGAUCUGAAAGGUAUACCACAUAUCCAUUCGAGAAUUUCAACGUGGAAAAGGAACUACAAUUCUCUGCAGCUUAUUUUAGGGAAGACUGGGGCUGGUUUUAACGUCGAUGGUAAGCACAUGAUCGACAUUGAUAUUGAGGAAUGGGAUGAGAUUAUGAAGAGUGACCCCAACGCACGCUCGAUGCGUACUAAGAGUUGGCCCUAUUUAGAGGCAUGGAAGGAGAUAUUCGGAAAGGACCGGGCUACUGGAUUGGGGGCGGAAGAUGCCGUGGACGCAGUUAAUAAAAUGCAAAACGGGGAUGAAGAUGAAGAUGAUAAUGAUGGAACAAAAGGCGAUUACUAUCCCCAUUUUGAUACAGAUGUCCAUAGCGAAGCAGCUGAUGCUAGUGUGAGUCAGCCUGCCAAGAUGGGAGGUGCUGCAAGAGCCUCGAGUAAGAAACGUAGCUCUGAACAAGCGUUCGAUUGUCUCUGCCAAGUGAUAAGCGACCUCAGCAAGGGUGCCAAUGAGAGAAUGGACAUGAUAUCAUCGCGCAUUGGGUAUAAGCAGGACUUGGGGCAGGCUAGGAAAGAAGUCUUCAAUCAAUUGAGCAACAUGCCUACUUUGACCAUGGAUGACAAAUUUGAUGCAUACGAAAUCUUGACAGGUGACAAGCAAGCCCUUGAAUUGUUUAUGGCACUUCUUCCUGACGCAAAGCUGCAGUAUGUAGUACGUAUACUCAUGAACAAAAAGCUCUAG